CGUAUAUAUAGUAUGUUGAGUGCCGGUGCACAGGUUACAUGGUUACGUGUACGCAUUCUAUCGUGGAGGAUAAAUUGUAUAAAGAAAAUUUCUAUAGAUAGUUAUGUUCUGUAAUUUAUAAAAAAAAAGAACCAUCGAAAAAUUCUAACAAUUGAAUUUAUUUGAAUUUAACACUGUAAUCUCGCAGACGAUAUGACUGUGACGAAAAUCCCAACCGAAAUUAAUAACGAGAUAAUUUUAUUAAGGCAGUGUGUUCGUCGAGCUCGCAUUUGUGUAAUAAAUAAGUUGGUUAGAGAAGCCAAGAGACUGCGUACGAAUCGUGGCAACGAGAAACUCUCCGAAAAGAAUAAAACUAAAGCGGAUAAAUAUUUGAAGGAGGUAUACGAGCUGAAACGUAUCAAAGACGAUGAAGUGUCAAAAUUCGGAAUUAUCCAUUUCGAAAAGUUGCAGCAUAUACUCCAGAAUUCAGAAACCGACGAUAGGACUAGAGUCAUGGUAAAAGUUGUUCGUUACAAAUGUCUAAACGAAAAGAUCGCGGAAUUCUUAAAGAAGUUUCCAAACUGUAAAGAAUAUAUUUCUUCGAGCGAAAAGAAGCAUUCGCCGAAAAAGAAAAGAAAGAAUUCUAUAAACAGAACAAGCAAAGAAAAUAAUUCAAAGCGAUUACCAAACGAUAAAGAUGACAGCAACGAAGGGAAUAUACAGCUAAAUAUAAAUACAGAAAAGAAUGGACAAGACGCACGAGUCGAAGAAGGUAGCAGUAAAAAUAACGAGAAAAGUUGCACGUCCGUUGGCAAGGUGGUAAGCGAAGAAGCUACGGUCAAGAGAUUCGCAGAUAUCGUGAAAGAAUCUAGUACGUUAAGGAUAGACGAUAAAUCGGAAAAAAAUAAAGAGCAGCAGCAGCAGCAUCGAUCGAUGUCUUCGACCGUUGCGAGAUCGGAUGAUUUCUUUUUAUGUUCGGAUAAGGCUGCUGCACGCGUAAAUACUAAAAUAUUAUCACCGAAAGAAGACUCGAAUAUUACGUCCACACACAGGGUAGACAGGACGGCGUCGACGACUAUUCACGAAAGAAGCGUAAAGCGCGGUAAUUCUAUAUACGGAGGGUCCCAGAGGAAGCAAAGCGAUAAAAGACGACAAGCGAACAGUACAAAUGUUUCGUGUCAUCGAAAUAACGCGAAGGAGACGAACCGAGCGAUUAUCAAGGAGAAGCAACGAUUUCCAAGGGUCAAGGAAGUAGUACCUGCAGGCGAAAAGUUCAAACGGACAAAGUCUAUGGAAAAUGAAAGCUUACAUCCGUCGUGGGCAGCAAGAAGAAAAUUACAAGACGCGAUGAAACAAGGAUUUCAAGGGAAAAAGAUUCGAUUCGAGGAGACUUGAUUCAUUAGUCCAUUUAAUUACGACACCGUUUGUACACAGACAUUUUAUGCUAUAUGUAAAUUAAAAUUUUAAGGGCUCGAAUUCAUUAAUUUUUUUUUAUUUAAAUAUCAAUUUCAUUUAUAAAUUGUACAAAAUGGCUACGCAUUUACAACACGACAAUAGAAUCGACGCGUAAGUACAAGUAAACUGUAACUGCGCCCAGCGUUUGAGUUUACAAGUAAAAUCUUUGCCACAUUGAAUUUUUCGUACGCGCUGUGUUGCUUGCAACACACGCACACGCACACGCACACGCACGCACGCACGCACACACUCUUUUCAUCAAACGUUAUUAAUUAGUGAACAUCUUAUACGAUCGACUAGUCGAUUCUCGAGGUAGUUUUCUACUAUUUCGUUAUGGUCGUUGCAGAGAAGUUUCGUAGAAAAUAUUGUUACUCCAUUACACUGUACAGUCGUAGAUUCUGCAGACAUAAGAAACAAAUAAAAGGUAAACUGUAUAUCGUA